UCUGCCCACGUUGUCACGUACACUGCUCCGUCAGCUGAUUCAUUAACCUCAUCGAGAGAUGCUUUAAAAUUUUUUCUUUUGCAUUUAAAUUCUGAAGCAGCAAAAACAUCCGCAAUAACAAUGUGAAUAGAUCCAGACACGAACGGCAACAAGAAGCUAUUGUACAAGGAAAGAAGCAUGGCUACGAGCUUUAUGGUGCGGAGAGGCCUACGUUCCAUUGGCGUUUACUGUUACACAUGGAGCAGAUCGAAAAACCUGAAGCAUGUCGGAGCAGGAAUUCUAACAGGGCUCGCGGCGUACAGUGUAUCUAAAGUUACAGUUCUGGCGGCGCAGAAUGAUCUGCAUAGUUACAUUAAAAACUUUAUGGCGGAGCCUAUCACAGCCGUUGAAAAAUUGCAGAAAAGCCAGAAUGACAUGAAAACGAGAAUGGAACUGCUGGUGAUGAAGACCCAGGCAGAUUUCUGCAGGGCCCUCGAGGCGCUGGAGACCGACAAGUCUUUCAAGGUGGAUCGUUGGACCAGGAAGGAGGGUGGCGGCGGUGUCACCUGCGUGCUGCAAGAUGGAGGGGUAUUUGAGAAAGCUGGCGUCAACGUUUCCGUCGUAACCGGCGUGUUACCGCCGAGCGCGGUCCAGCAGAUGAGGGCACGCGGCAAGAAGAUGGGAGACUCGGUACCGUUCUUCGCGGCCGGAGUCAGCGCCGUGAUUCAUCCUCGCAAUCCCAUGAUUCCGACGAUUCAUUUUAAUUACCGCUACUUCGAGGUGACCAACCCGGAUGGCACUACGCAGUGGUGGUUCGGAGGCGGGACGGAUCUUACCCCUUACUACUUGAACGAGGAAGAUGCCAAACACUUUCACAGAGCGCUGAAAACCGCGUGCGACAAGCACGAUCCCUCCUACUACGCGAAGUUUAAGGAAUGGUGCGACAAUUACUUCAAUAUCGUGCACCGUGGAGAACGGCGCGGCGUGGGCGGGAUAUUUUUCGACGACCUCGACACCCCAAGUCAGAACGAGGCGUUUCAGUUCGUUACCUCUUGCGCCGAGGCGGUCAUUCCGUCGUACAUUCCCUUGGUGGAGAAGCAUAAAAACGACGGCUACGGGUAUCGCGAGAGGCAAUGGCAACUAUUGCGACGGGGUAGAUACGUCGAGUUUAAUUUGAUCUACGAUCGCGGCACCAAGUUCGGCCUGUACACGCCCGGUGCGCGAUACGAGAGCAUACUCAUGUCUCUGCCAUUGAACGCCAAAUGGGAGUACAUGCACGAACCUGAAGCCGGUUCGAGGGAGUCGCAGCUUCUGGAGGUGCUGAAAAAUCCGAAAGAUUGGCUGGGCGAAGCGAAGUCGGACAAUGCGCGAGCGUAGUUCGCGAUAAUCUCCAAGUGACUUUUUCAAUUGCGAAAAAUUACAGGAGGGUGCUAGGUAAUAUUGCAAUAUAGAUUAUAAACGGGAUCUCUGAAAUGGUAGAAAUCUACAGAUCGAUAUUUUGAGAGUCGGUUUACAAAUUUACAAAUGUAUGAAACUUGUAGUAUUUCGUUGAUGAUGUAUUUAACAUCAGCUGGAUUGAAGUGCCAGGUAUUAGCUGCGGUCCACUUAAUAUACAAAUGCUUCAAAGUAUUCUUCUUCUACUUUCUCUUAAUGAAGAAAGAAGAAGAAGAAGAACGCUUCAAAGCAUUUGCAGCAUCAAAUGGACUGCAGCCAUUAUAGAACUAUGACGUAAAUGAUCGUGUAAAGAAAUAGGCACAAAUUUUGUACAAUAUACAUGUAUUAAUUAAUAACCGAUCUUGUAUACAAUCGUACGUACAUUGAAAUUUAUAUUUCUUGAAGAAAUUAAUAUAUAAAAGUAAAAAUAAUAAUAAGACAAAAGUAA